AUGCUCUUCCGCGGCCUCUCAGGCCAGCUCCCCCGCCUAUUCUCCGUCUCUGCCAGAAUGGUCUCCGCCACGCCGAUGGAGGAUGUGAUGCGCGACAAGCUCGCCCAUGCAUUCACACCCUCCACGCUCGUCAUUCGCAACGACUCACACCUCCACGCGCACCAUGCCCCGAUGCAAGGGUCGACGUCGAAGGAGACGCAUUUCCAUGUCACAAUAGUCUCUGAUUCGUUCGAAUCCAAGAUGCAGGCGGCUCGGCAUCGGAUGGUCUAUGCGCUGCUGAAGGAGGAGAUGAGCCGCGAGAAUGGGAUCCACGCGCUGCAGCUGAAAACCAAGACCCCGGCAGAGGAGCAGCGGGAGAACGAGAGACAAGCAUAA